UCAUCAACUGCGUCGCGAACCAAAACAAAUCAACAAAACUCCAAAUUUUGCUCAUCAUCUUCUUCAACCUGAUCGAAAUUCUUAGCUGAAUUCUGCGGAAAUGAACAGCCUGUUUCAAUUUCUCUUCGAUGAGGACGUAACUGGAUACAAAUUCAUCAUCCCGUCGGUGUCGAUCGGAAAUGUCGGUCAGCUGGCCGUGGACAUUCUGAUCGCAACUGUCCGGCCUGAGAAAUGGGCCAUCGCCUGGCACCCGGCCCUCGUGCCCAUCGUCGGCGGCGACCCUUACGACUACAGCUCAAACAGCUUGGCCACUGCCUGCGAAUUGUAUCUGUCGAAAGAGAGAAAACUGAUUUUUCUCCAACUUAGAUCUCCACUUGUCAAGGAGCAUGGGAAGGACUUUCUGCUGAAGCUGUCCAAAUGGAUCGAGGAGAAAAAGUUCAGCGAAGUUCUCAUUUUGGCCUCUUUGGCCGCUUACGAACGGUUCGGACCGCAACUGACAGGACAUCCCUUCCGAUACCUGACCACAAGCUCUCAGGUUGAUCCUGAAAUUUCCAAGUGGGGUCCAGCCCUGGAGAAGAAACAAUUUGAGCUUGGCGGCAAGAAAAGUGAGGAUUUUGUGAUGAUUGGAUCAGGAUUUGCAAAGCAACUGUAUAAAUCUUGUUCUUCUGCUGGCGUCGAGAGCACUGUUCUAAUGAAAUUCUGCGACGAAGGCUUCAACGACACGGACGCCAACCAACUUGCUAGUUUUGCCAACGCCUGGAGCAGAAUUCUGUCUGCUGAUUCCAAGUGGAGAUUACCUCCUUCCUGGAGCCACCUUGUUGGCAAUGGCCCACCAACCGGCAUUUUUUAAUUAUUCCCCUUAAAUUGGUUUUUGUCUGUGAAAUAAAUUCAAUAUCUUAUA